AAAGAUUCAAGGUUUUAGCUGCACAGAUGAACUUCCUUCAUUUUCUACACUGUUUAUCAUUUGAAACUCUCCUCUAGUCCGGUCUACAAGCAGCAGGAGAAUCCUAGCAUUCACCUUUUGCGCAUCACCUUUCGUGCCCUGGCAUGAAUUUCUCCGAGCUCCUGAAGCAGUCCAACCAGCUGUGCAAACUAUCCCCUGAUGGAAAGUAUUUGGCCACCUGUGUUCAGUAUCGCCUGGUAGUGCGGGAUGUCAGGACUCUGCAGAUUUUGCAGCUUUACACUUGUCUGGACCAGGUUGUGCACAUGGAGUGGUCUUCAGAUUCCCUCUUCAUCCUCUGUGCUAUGUACAAAAGAGGACUUGUACAGGUGUGGUCUCUGGAGCAGCCAGACUGGCGCUGUAAGAUAGACGAGGGCUCGAUCGGACUAGUCUCCUCACGCUGGAGUCCAGACGGACGUCACAUACUCAACACCACCGAGUUUCACUUAAGAAUCACUGUCUGGUCUCUUUGCAACAAAUCUGUCUCCUACAUCAAGUACCCUAAAGCCUGCCAGAAAGGGAUGGAUUUCAGCGCAGACGGACACUACAUGGCUCUAGCUGAGCGUCGAGACUGCAAAGAUUACAUUAGUAUAUUUGUUUGUGACGAUUGGCAUCUUCUCAGGCAUUUUGAGACAGAAACACAGGACCUAGCAGGGGUGGAGUGGUCUCCUAACGGCUGUGUGCUUGCAGCGUGGGAUGCCUGUCUCGAGUACAAAAUGCUGCUGUAUUCCCUGGAUGGGCGUCUGCUAUCAACCUACAGUGCUUAUGAAUGGUCACUGGGCAUUAAAUCAGUCGCCUGGAGUCCCAGUAGCCAGUUUCUGGCCAUCGGUAGCUACGAUGAGAAGAUUCGGAUCUUGAACCACAUCACCUGGAAGAAGCUCGUCGAGUUCGAGCAUCCAGCUACAAUCGCUAACUCCAAAGCUGUGGUGUACAAAGAGGUGGAGAAAAAGCCUGUUGUUGGCAUCGAGGAUUUGUCCAGUCAUCAGAUCGCCACGACAAGUUCCUUAUUCAACACACAGAGUAAAUAUGAGAUUGCUCCAUUGCCAGUCCAAGUGUCAGUGGUGAAGCCUGAUCCAGAUCGUGCCAACCCCAAAAUCGGAAUCUCUGCUGUUGCUUUCAGUGCAGACAAUCGCUACCUUGCCACAAAAAAUGACAGCAUGGCGCAGUGUGUGUGGCUGUGGGACAUGCAGAGGCUGAGCCUGCAGGCCGUACUGGAACACGCUUCAGCUGUGCGCUGCUUCGCCUGGGACCCACGCCGGCCACGCCUGGCACUCUGCACCGGAAACGCCAAACUCUAUCUGUGGUCCCCCGCCGGCUGUGUGUCGGUCAAAGUGGAAGUGGAAGGUGUAGGUUUACAGGUGCAGUCACUGUUCUGGCACUGCGAUGGAGAAUCUCUGGUCCUGUUGGGGAAAGAUCAGCUGUGUGUGUGCUACAUGGCCACAGAAGGGGAGAAGUGAGUGCCAAGGAAAAGCCACUGGCUACAUUAAACUAGCACCAGCGUCGUCCACUUCCAUCUUAAUUGGAUCUAUUUUAAAAGUAACUGCUCUCUGCUAGGGGGCAGACCUACACCAGUGUAUAAGAAUUAAAAGCUGAUAGACCCUAGUGCUGGAAGAUGGAUGCCCUGCCUGGCAAAAUCAUUCCAUCUGGUACAUAUGGUGUACUUUUUUUUAAAUUUAUUUUAUUUUUCAGGCUUAGACGUUCGUUGAGAAGGACUCGCAAAAUUAUCAUAGUGGUAGUAUGUUCUUAUAGUAUUCCAGUACUAUUUAAGCAUUUUUGAGUCAAAAUUCAGUCUACAGGUUUCUCAAGUGGCACAACAGAAAAGCGUUUUCCGAUUGUCGAGAGAUUUUGAUCGAGUUUGAAUCCUGACAACGCCACAAAUUUCUAUCAGACAAGAAUUUUGACGUUUUAUACAAAACUUGCUCAUAAUAGAAGCCUAAGCGUGGUCGUAAAACUGUCGAAUGUUUAAAACACGCACCCGUUUACACGAACACAAUCAAACCCUCUCUGAACACCUUAGAACAACACAGGUUUUCCCCAAGGUUUUUCAGUAUUUUUUGUCACCACACAUUCUUCCUCCUUAUAAAUAAUUCCCUGGAAUAUUCCUUUAAGUUAAAAUAGUGUUGACAAUUUAAUAGUUAAAUGAAGUUUGCAAUGAAUCUGGGGUUGAUGAUAUGAAGGGCAGAGUACAGUAAAUAAGUGUGCUAAUAAGGGCUGGAAUUUUUACAUCAGAAAAUAGCACUGCUGUGAUGUUUAAUGUACCUCAGGACUACAGGAUUGUAAUGCUGGAACACAAAUACGCACAAGCUGAAGCUGUUCAUAUUGUAACGUUCAGUACUGUCUGGUUUAAAUGUUAUAUUAUUUAAGAUGCUAAAUAUUCAUUAAGUAAGAGCAUUAAUAUGUAAAAAUCGACUAUGACAGUUAGGAUAUUGCUCACAACUCUGUUUUACAUGUGUUUACAUCUAGGCUUUAUAGGGACCAUGUUCUGUGUGAUGUAGGAGAUAUUUUUAUCUGUAAAUGUAGAGGUUAGGAUUAUUUUUACAGGCUCAGAAUUUCUAAUAAAGUUUUCUACAAAUCUGUAAGGGUUUCUUGAGCCUGAGUGUUUGUGACUGCAUCCCCACACACUCCCUUUGACCUUGUU